GGUGGAGAGAUAUCAAUACUUUGAAAAUUAUAAUAAUGAUGAUUCGGACAGUCACUACAAAAAAUCUUGAUUAAAAUGGCAAUAGUAUUAUGGUAGGUCCAUAUAACUGCCAUUUUUUGAGUUAAUUUCGGCGGUUUUAGUGUCCGACGUAAUGUUCAAUUUCUUUUGGCAGUUAUUUUUUUUUCCCCCUUUUUAUGUGUUUUAAUUUUUAAACUGAGGAAGUAAUGCAUCUGAUAGUGAUUAGUGUUGUAUUUGAGAAGGGGAGAGUGAUGUGAUUGACGAACCCUAAUCUCUUGUCGCCGUUCAUCUUCCACCUCUCUCGUAUAUCUCUUUGCUGCCGCCCGUUGCAGCUCAUCUCCUCGUCGGCGUCGCCACUGCAAACAAUGUCGUUGUUGCUGCCUUCAACGAGCUCUGCAGAUGCAAGGAGCUCAGAGGCCUUCGUUGCACUUUGCUUGCUGACUAUUGCUGGAACUUCACUUGCCAUGCAGCAUUUGGAUUUUAGUGAUAUGGAUUAAGCCUGAUGAGAAGUCACUUUACUUGAACCCUUAUAUGCUUGGAACAAAUUGGCAAACAUAUUAUUCUGUGAUUCUCUUGCUGGUGUCGGGUUUUUGUACUCGAAUAAGACGACGGAUCUGUACACAUUUGGUGACCAGAGAACAGGUUCCUGAAUUUACAGCUGAAGAUGCCUAUGCAUUUCUUGUUAAGUGGUUUGAAAGAUUUCUUCAGUAUAAGCAUAGAGAGUUCUACAUUGCUGGAGAAAGCUAUGCAGGGCACUAUGUUCCUCAGUUGUCUCAAAUUAUUUAUGAGAGAAACAAGGGAAUCAAGAAUCCAGUGCUAAAUUUCAAGGGAUUUAUGUUGAUUGGUGUGGAACCAACUGAAAGUUCAGUGCUGUCAGGUGGAAAACCUGAAACAGAUCUCACAUGUUGGAUUACUAGCUUGCUCUGCAGCGAUGUGUUAGAAAAGAUGCUGGUAAGUAGUUGCACUCCAAGCAAUCAAUAAUAAGUUGCAGAACUCCAAAUCACAAUGCUUUUAUCCUCAUGUAAGUGACUGGUAAAUGGUUUGGGAAUCUAUUUGGUUUAUAAAUAAAUUUUCUGGGGUAUAUAAUUUAAAAUAAAAUAUAGAAUCCUAAUUGAGAAAUUGGAAACAUAUGGAAUUUGAAAAAGAUUUGUUUAUUAUAAAAAUAAAUGAUUAAAUUGAUUAUAAUCUCGAGGAUCUUUUAGCAUGUUAUGACUAAUGUAACCUUUUAUUUUGAUUGGGCAAACAAUUAAGUAUUAGAUUGACCAAUUGUCCUAUAAAAAGUUCCAAUAGUGUGUAUAUUUUUGUCGUUUCUUUAGAAACAUUAAUGCUGAAUUGGUAAAAUGCAUUGUUAUGACUUAUGAUCACCAUUCAUUGGUUUAUGUCAGUAAGAGCUUUUGGGAACUGGACACAUACUAUUAGCUUGUGGUGCUUGAAUCCAGCUGUUGUGUUUAGAGAUGUUGCUGAUCUUUCUUUAUCCUUUUAGUUUUCAAUAAUGAAGGCAUCAAUUUUACUUUCUCAUCACAUGUAGAUACUUUCUCAUCACCAGCAAUGCUUUUUUAUUUAAACUUAAAUUGAUCAUGUGGCUGUUUACUUAUGAUAUGAUUAAGGUUAGUUCAAGAAAUGGAUAUUAGUAUAAGCUUGUGAUACAGACUAUAAAUUUAUAGUUGAUAGUCCUAAUCAGUUACCUCAUUUGAAAUUUUGUUUUUAUUUGAGAUAAUGGCAUGUCCUGUUUAAGAUGUAUCAAUUCCUUUUACCUUUCGCAUAUUUUUUUCUGCUAACCCCAUUAUAUGAUUAUGUUUGUUUACUGAUAAUUCCAAUCUCUAAAGGUUAGUCUAUUUGGUGUUUAAGCUUAACCGAUAAUUUCUAUGGCUAUAGAUAAUAGUCUUUUAACAGAAUUUACAAUUAUAAUAAUUCAGUUUAAGUAAAGAGUUGAGUUUUCAGUUUUCUUGCUGCCAACCAUAUCUAUGAGAUUUUCGCAUGCAAUUCAAAAUGGCAUUCAACCUAUAUAAGGAGAGUGCAAUCUUGCUUGAAAGGGUGGGAACAUUAAAACGAGAGCUUGAAGACCAAAAGAUCAAGUGCAAUUCAAAAUACAUGAAGUAAUCAAGAAAGCAUUGAUGAUGUGAAGUGGACUUUGUUAUUAUCAUCAUGUCAUUCUCCUCUGGAUUAUUCCUUAUAGUUUUACAUUGUUUUAUUUAAUUUAGAGAAGAAAUAGCAACAUUUGUAUGCCUCAUGUAUUACGAAACGAGCGAAAGCAUAAUAAAAAAAGUAUAUUUUUAA